GUGUUUAGCAUAUGUUCUGUGUGUUCCCUACUCAUCAUUUUCAUGUCGCCCGUGUCGCGUUGGAAAGCAUCCAUUAAUUCUCAUUGAUCGACGAUUGAUAUACGGGAUACACGUAAUUAAGUGCAAUUAAACCUGUUUGUCGGCAAACGUAAUCAAAUAUUUUUAUAGGAAGGUUUUUGAAGCAUUUAUUAGCAACAUAAUUCAAUAAUCUUCAUGAAGGAGAAACUUUCUCGAAAUAUUUAUCAGCAAUGAUGUGAUUCAGUGUUCAGGUUAAUUGAACUUCUGAUUGGCGAUUCUUUGAUUUAUGGUCUUCGUGAUAUAUUACUAAUAAAAUGGAUUUUGGUACUGUGAUUUCCGUCGCACAAAAGAACGAGACGAAGAAACAGACUGUUCCAGACCGUUGCUACCAAACAAAAUUUACGCCGCCGAAGAAACAAUCUAAGCAAUCCAAAUCUCUGUCCGAUAAUAUUAAGAAAUUUUUAGCUCGGAAAGAGGAAGAAGAAAGGCAAAAAGCCUUACAAGAAAAAAGAAAAAAGGAGAAUCUUUUAUCUUUACGAGACCAGAAGACGCAAAAUCGGAUAAACAAACACUUAAAAGUUUGUAAAGCAGCGAACAAGUCGGUGAUUGAGGAUGCCAUUGAUAGUGAAAACACGGCUAUUACUAUUGCAGGUCCAUCUCAACCAGAUGAAGAUGAUUAUGGAUACGAAUCACAAACAGCUUCUGCAUUGUACAAUCAGUUUAUGAGCAAAUAUAAUAGUUUACCUCAAGAAAAACCCAUUUUUAAUAACGAGACGAGAACAGUGAAGGAUAUUGCAUCUACAAAGGAUAGAGUAAAACAAGCUUUGAAACAAGAAUUAGAGGAAAGUAGCGGCCACAGAAAAAGAAGAAAAUCAUCAAAUGCAAAAGAAAUUGAUGUCGAUGAAAAAAUAGAAAAGACAACGAAAAGCAAAGAAAAUAGCAAAGAAAUUAAUAAUAAAAUCAAUGAGAAUAAAGAUGAGAAACCUAAGAUAAAGAAAAAAUCACUGCCACCGCCUAUGGGUUUCGCGGAUCUCUUGAAACUCGCCGAGAUAAAACAGCGCGAACCCGUAGUCAUAGAAAUCAAACCGAAAGUCGAGAAGGAACGACCAAUGACGAAACGUCAAAAACUGGAAUAUGUACAAGAGAAAGAAAGGAAGGAACAACGCGAGAGGAAAGAUUUAGAAGUAAGUAAAAAAACGAGCCUCAUGAAUUCAUCAAGCAAACUUGAUAAAACACAGUCGAACAAGAUUCCCAAAUCUAAUGAAAAAUCUGUAAUUUCAAAUUUAACAUUGAACAAAAAUGCUUCCAAAUGCUCAACGACUAUUUCUAAACAAAUUACUGAUAAAUCUGAUAAAUAUAAUAUUCAAAAAUCAAAUUCGAAUAAGAGCUCGUCUAAGAAUGAGAUAUUAGAAGAACGAAAGAAAUUGGAAACUGAGAGAAGACAAUUAGAAGAGAUGCGACGCGCUAUCGAGGAAGAAAAGAGGAAAUUAGCACAAAGUAAAAAUAAACUAGAAGAUCUGAAAUCUCAGCCUAAGUUAAACGCAGCUAAAUCUAAAUCUAUAAACAAGCAAAUAUCAUCUAAAAAUAUUAAACAGCAAUUCUCAUCUUCAGAUUUAAAGUUGCAAUCCUCAUUAACUAAUACUAAACCCAGACAAUUUCCACCAUCCGACGUUAGGCCUGUGAAAUCAAAAACAGUUGUCAAAAAAGCAUUUAAUAAAAGACGCAUUUAUGAUAACGAGAAAGAAGAUUCCGAUUUGUCUGAUUUCAUAGACGAUGGACCAGGAAAUGACGAGGAAGAUUAUAGUAAACAUAUUAGCGAGAUAUUUGGCUAUGACAAGAGUAAAUAUAAAAAUAUCGAUGAUGAAGAUGAUAUCGCUAUGGAAAGUAAUUUUGCGCAACAACUAAAGGAAGAAUACAUAUCUUCAAAAAUAGGAUACAUGGAAGACUUGGAAGAUAUGCGUAUUGAAGCUAUAGAAAAAAAGAGGAAAGCCAUUUUGAAGAAAAGAUCCCAAAAAUAGUAUAAAUUAUUUCAGCUGUGUACAUAUUUAUAUGUAACUUUAAUUUUUGUGAAUAUUAAUAUUUAUUGUGAAUUAUCAAUAUUGUCACAAAAUGUAUAUAUAAAAACAUUUUUAUUCAUCUGAUAUAAGUUCAUAUUUUACAUUUUCUUGCCUUUUCUUUUUUCUAU